AUGAUUCGAAAUAUGUACGAUAAUGAAGAAUAUAAGAAAGUAAUCAUUAAAUCAGGCAAAAUGUACAAUAAAAUUGGGAAUAUAUCCGAAAGAUUUCAUGACAAUCAAAAGCUUUACGUGCUGAUUAAUUCGCUAGAACAAGGACCUUUUGUCACAAUUGCCAAUAAGGUUGAUUUAAAUACUUCUUUUCAUAUAAAAGAUUUCCUUAAUAUGUAUGGAAUCAAAAAUGAAGGAAAUGUAGUACUUAGUAAAGUCAUCAGUGGAGGAAGAUAUGAUUACGUCGUAGAUUUUGCGCCUGAUGUGAUUGCUGUUAAGGAAGAAAUAAAGGUAAAGGAUAUUCAAGGAAGUAUGAUCGACAUGACAAGUGAGGGAUUUGUCAAAAGACAAAAAGCUGAUGUUACCGAUCGCUACAAUAUCAACGAUACAGUUGUUGCUAGAUACAAAAAUUUCAAAUUGACACACUUUGAUUACACACAGCUCGGACCAAACAAGUGGAUGACAGCAAUUUCAGUUGACGUAGCUCUCAGUUAUUUCUUAAAAUCAUAUUUUUUGGACGAGAAGUAUCGUGAAUCGAUUCACUUAUUUACCACUGAAAUGUACAACAAUCAUAAUCGACUUUACGAAUUGUAUGGAUUGAAUGCAGUACCUCAUGAUGAUUUUCUCACUGUACUUAACAAUCAUACAAAAGGAAUUUCAAUUUUGGAUAAAAAAAAUAUAUUUAUCCCCAUCAACCAGAGAAGCCAUUAUCAACUUAUUCAUGCCACUUUUCCAGAAGCUAACAUUGUUCACCUUGCUUAUAUCGAUCCAUUAUUUCAUGAACCACCUAAAAAUGCUUUGGAAGUUAUGAAGUUAUUUUUUAAUCGACAAAAUGAAUUGAGAGAAAAGCCGUUGCAAAACCUAAAAUUUAUUUUAGAGGUCAUAGAAGUACCUCCACAGACAGACGGUGAUUGCGGACCUUUCAUGUUAGGCUUCUUUAAGCAACUGCUGAUUCAUAAACAAAUUAAAAGCUUCACAGGAAAAGAUGCUUUAGAAUUACGUAAAACCGUUGCUGGAAUUGUAGUAAAUCAUGCCGUUAAGAAUGCUCAAUUCCCAGAUAUUUUCUAUACUUAA